UCAAUUAUCCACAGAAUUCCGGUUCCGAUGACGUUCCGACUAAUAACAUUGGAGGACCUCCGUCAUCAACGAUCGGAUCCACUGCCUUGGGACGAUGCUCAACUCCCUCCUGAAAGCGGUCCGGUAACGAGCCACGGGAGAUGGCGAAACAACGGGCCGCCGGACGACAAAAGAACAGUCGACCUCGACCUAGCUGUCGGGACUCGGGAGGCGCCAAUAUCCGUAAUCUGAUUGACAAAGAGAUGAGACGACAGGUCAAGCACGAGCAAGAAUGCGCCAAUGACGACCCAGGAAUCGCGCAAUGCCGACCUUGCUAGCACCGCAUUUUCCUCAUUACGUACAAAUGGAGCCAAGCAAACGUCCCAGACGACCGCCAUGCCGUCAUCAAGCGAAGCAACUGGCGUUCCAUACUGCUCAUAAGCCAACGUUUCCCCUCCCUCUCCGAAGUGGGCAUCUCCGCGGAGGAGCCUGCAAAUCUCCAAAUGUGCACCCAAGAAGCCUGUUGUUGCGUCGCGGUCUGGCCGUCUCCAAAGGAACUCGGCUUUUUUGCGUAACCCACCACAAAGAGCCAAGAGAAAGAACCAGCCUUCUUGAGAGCGAGCUCAGCUCAAGGGACAAGCGCCACUGGGCCCCAGCUGCUCCAGAUGCUGCUGCUAAUGCAAACAGCCCCCGCUUCGUUGCCGUCAAUCUGCGGGUUUUGCGGGGAAGUUGGCCCAUGCCUUGUAGGGCACCGUUGCAGGCCAGCUCUCUCGUCGGCAACGUCGCGCCCUUUGACGAAGAGGCUAUGGGGACGAUGCCGGCGAGACGUAUACAUGUAGGACCGAAACACGCCAGAGAUGGUUCUCGCCGUUGUCGAAGACGACAUUGUUGGGAUUCUAAACGCACGUCGCCGCCGGCCACUUCCACCGGCCCACCAAUUUUACGUUAUGGUAUUCACCGUGUGUCGACCGCCGAGAGAACCCCUCAUCGAGCUUGCAGGGUCCAAUUCCCCGGAGGACGGCCGCUCAUCGCACACCAUCGGUCCAGCCAGAUGCUAGAUAUUGGCGCGGACCCGAAGGAGAAGGAAAAUCCGGGGUCUAUUGUAAAUUGCUGUCCAGCGCCGACCUCGCAUCUAUUUCCAAGUCACCUGAGGCGACCUUUCUUGACAUCCCUGCCAGUUAGCCAUCUCCAUCAGGGCAAUGGACAGCUAUCCCCCACGGGCCCAUCUUGUUUGUGGGCACCGAUAUCGCGUGUUGGGGAGAGAAAACUUCAUCAGGUCCAGUUAGCCCCUAAGCGAGCCAGUUGCUGCACUAGGUCGGAGGUACUGGAGGGGCUUGUACCCAAGAGGAGGAGCUUCUUUUGGAGGAGCUCACGGAGCCGUAGCCCCAUGCACCCCUUUAGGGCCGGCCAAGCUCGAGAGCGAUGCUUGUGUGCCCCAGAUCAGCUCCGUUCAGCUGCCAAGCCGCCCUGACAGCGGUUUAUAUGCAAUGGCUUUUGAUAUGUAGGCCUAGAAGCUCACUGUGGCAAACAGCUUUUGAAGACGGUAAGCCGUGACUUCAACGUGACUGUCCCAAGCUCGGAUCCCAUGCACUAGACAUAG